GUGCGAAAAUCGCGUCAUAUUCUCAAUUUGCGAAAUUUGUGAUGGUGCACGCGGAAGCUUCGACGUUCGCCUCAGGGCUCACGAAGAAGAAUGUGUACGCGCAGGUAUUGGAGCACUCGCGCGGUCUUUUUGAUGGGCAGAGGAAUUGGGUCUGCAACCUCUCCAACGCCUCCUCCCUCCUCUACCACGCCCUACACUCACUCCCCUCGCCCUCCUCCGCCGUAAACUGGUGCGGCUUCUACGUCCUAGAUCCCACCACUCAAUCACAGCUCCUCCUCGGCCCCUUCCAAGGCCACGUCGCGUGCCAAACCAUCGGGUUCGGUCGCGGGGUGUGUGGAACGGCUGCGGCGACCCAGACUACACAGCUUGUGAAGGACGUGGAGGCGUUUCCAGGACAUAUUGCGUGUGACGGGGCGAGUAAGAGCGAGAUCGUGGUGCCCAUAAUACAAGGGGGAAAGGUUGUGGCUAUAAUCGACAUUGAUUGCGCGGAGCUAGACGGCUUCGAUGAGGACGACAAGGACGCAUUGGAAACGAUAGCAGCGCUGCUGGCUGAGUCAUGUGAUUUUUGAGUGGAAGAUAGUAUGCAUUAUGAGAGGAGGCAUUUUGCUUUGUGUGCCUUAUACCAGUAAGGUGAUAAAGGCUUGUGUGUCAUUUUGCAGCCUUGAGCAGGUAUGUAUUUUCAUCAGCCUCGUGCGGA